CUAACAGUGGUGUCUUAGCUAUUAUGGCAAAGUAAAAGCAUGGCCCUAGUGCCAAGACAAGUUGUUGACAUGUGCGCAGCAGGAAUGUGAGGUGACAGGGAUAUUUUUGCCCCGUGAGAGGGCUGUCAGCAGACAGGAGGUGAGGGAGAUGCUGCAGGGAGCCCUGACAUCAGGUACAGUACUGCUGGACCCACAGUUGCCCUCACUGUUCCCAAAGACAGGGGAUGGGAGAGGUCAUCGCAGUUCUGGAUCCAGAGACAGGAGCAGGGAACCAUGGGGCCCAGCAUCCACUUUGAAAAGAGGAGGGCCUCAACACUCACUGCCUUCUCUUCUGUCUCUAAGGAAAAUAGUUUUGUCCUGGGUUCAGUUUAGCAAUGAGUGUCAAAUGAAAUGGACUAUGACCCUGGCAGGCCUCUCAACAGCCUGGCAAGGGGCCAGCAGGUUGUCAGAAUCCAGACCUGGCAGAUGUGCCCACACAGAUCACCAAAGUGCCCUCUCUUUACACGAAGGCCACAUUCCUGGAAAGUUGCUUCUAAAUUGCAUCCUGUUGGGUUGCAGAGCAGGAUUGGGGUGAGCUCCCAGCCUAAAACCCACAGAGAUGGUCUCCAAGCAGAAGCAGGGCACUGGUCUCUAUCCUCAGCAUCCAGUGAGUCAGUGUCUUGCUUCUUCUACUUUCUCGACCCUUCUGUGGACAGUCUCAUGACCGUUCUCACCACACCCCAUGGCUGCCUCGACUGACUCUCCAGGCUGACCUCUGUGCCGCCUUCUGAAGUCCCACUGUGCGAUGAACCAGGUGGCACAGGCUUGUGACACCCACUGAGGAGGCUGAGGCAGGAAGAUCUCAAAUUCAAGGCAUAUUGGGCAUAGCCACGGGCACUCCAUCUCCCAAAGGCACCAGCCUCUCAAUCUGAACCAUUAUGCCACCAAGAAGAGCGUGGCAGAGAGCAUGUUGGAUGUGGCGCUCUUCAUGUCCAAUGCCACGCGGCUGAAAGUGGUGCUGGAGCAGGGGCCAUCUUCGCAGUACUACGCCACCCUCAUCGCCCUCAUCAGUGUCUCUCUGCUCCUGCAAGUUGUCAUUGGCAUUCUUCUCGUGGUUAUUGCCAGGCUGAACCUGAAUGAGGUAGGGAACCAGUGGCGUCUGAAUCAGCUCAACAAUGCUGCUACCACCUUGGUCUUCAUUACUGUGGUCAUCAACAUUUUUAUCACCGCUUUCGGGGCACACAAGACAGGCUCCAUGGCUGCCAGGACCUCCAGCAAUCCUGUUUAAUUCCUACCUAGGUCCCAGGAACCGAGCCUGAACCGGCCUCAGCCUUUGGCCCUGACCUGUCAGGCUAACUAGCACUUUCCACAGCCUCCAGGAGAGUUUCGGGAGCAAUGAAGAUGCCCCUGCUUCCUGCCUGCAGCGCCUGAACUAAGUUGUGCCGUCUUACUGGGUGAUGUAAUUGCAUCUUGGUCCGGAGGCCUGAGCUCAGCUUCUGCAGCGGCCACCCUGUGCUCCAGCAACGGUAACUGGGUCUCAGGCAGUCUACACAGCCGCAGACUCUGUUUCCACUGCAUUCCUCCCCUCUGCUCCAAGCCUCAAUUUUCCCUUCCCUAUCUAUAAAGAUGUCUGAAAAGCCA